UCCGGGCAGAAACGCAUCCAGGCCUUGCAAGCGCAGCCGCACACCCGAUCCCUCCCAUCCCGUUUCCCCCUGGCUUUCAAACACUCCCGAAGCCGAGCGCUUGUGCAACACACAGCGGCGACCUGCAAAGUCCGAAACCGAUUUGUUUGGUGGUGGUGGUGGUGUGCGGUUAGUGUGUUAGUUGUGUGCGAAGGAAGUGUCUGAGCGGUGUGCGUCGGCACAGCUACAAUAAACCUCUUUUUACGGCGAAACACGGCCCUUGUGCGAUUCAUGCGAGCAGUCGAGCGACAUAACGUGUCGGAGCAGUAAAACUUCGCUUGCUUGCAUUCUUUUUUUGCGCGGCGCUGCUGGGCUCUAGGUUAGGAAGUGCGAAAUUAUUGGAAGAAGCAAAAGCGGAGACGCCGUGAAGAAAAAAAAACACACUCGCUGUGCAGGGAGAGCCGCUGGACUGUUUGCAGGGUUGCUGUCUUCCUUUCUGCCCUAGCGCGCGCCCCCUCCCCCCCCUCCGAGCGGUGGAGCGGCAUCAGUGACAAUGGCGUUCAAUCAGAAGAAUCCGCCAUGGCAGCGGAACACUGGGCAUCAGGCGAUGGCCAGCAUGCAGACGAUUGUUAGCUUCCCGCAGGCGCAGCCCGUUUACAAUCCCGGCCUCGCCGGACUGCAGCAGCAGCAGCAGCAGCAGCAAGUACAGCAGCAGGCGCAGCAGCAGGUACAGCAGCAGGUACAGCAGCAGCAGCAGCAAAGCAUUUCGAUGCUGCCCCAGAUGGGGCUGCAGCAGCCGGCCCUCUACUCACCCACGGUGCAGUAUCCGGCCUCCCGGCCGAUCAACGCGAUCGGCUUCCAGGGCCAGCCGCAGCAGGCGCCACCGACGCCCCAGCAGCAGCAGCAACAGCAGCAGCAGCAGGUACAGCAGGUCAGCCAGGGCUCGGGCAAGUUCAACCCGAACCAGCGCGCGUUCAGCGGGACCGGGCUGGUGACGAAGCUGCAGAACGACUACGGCAUCAUCGACGAUCAGGUGUUCUUCCACACCAACACCUGCGUGAAGGGCAUCCUGCCGAAGCUGGGCGACCGGGUGCUGGUCGACGCGGCCUACAACACCAACAUGCCGUUCAAGUGGAACGCCUCGCGCGUACAGGUCCUGCAGACCGGCGGUGGCGGCGGCGGCGGUGGCGGUGGGGGCGGUGGUGGUCACAACUCCCCGUCCGUACCGCACAGCAACUCGUCGGGCGGGCGCACGCACACCAGUGCGUAUGGUGGAGGCGGUGGUGGUGGUGGCGGUUCGCAGAACAAUUCGUCCGAUUCGCGCUCGAACGUGCGCAAUCGGUACAAUGCGCCGUCGUCGCGCAAGUCGCCGGACCGAAGCAUGCACCGGUCGUCCAACUCGCGCACCAAGGAUGAGUACGAUGACGUUGAGCGAAGGCGGAAGCAGCAGCGGGACGAUCGCGACUCGGACCGCAGCUCGUACCGGGACAAGCAGCGGGCCCGCUCGCCGGAACGGCCGCGCGAGAGGGAGCGCAGCCCGGUGAAGAAACACUCGCCCAAACGGGCCCGGCUGCGCUCGGUGCCGCCGUACAUGGUGCAGGUUCCGAAGCAGCUGCUGCCGAUCAAAAGCGUCAGCAUAUUGGAGCUGCGCGCCCGCUACCCGAAGCUCUACAUCCCGUCGGACUUCAUACUGGCGGAGGUCGGGUGGCCGAAAUCGUUCCCGCCCAACUCGCCGCUCCCGCUGCAGACCGGCUGCCACUUUCACGUGUUCAACAAGGAGGUGGAGCGGCCGCUGCCGCUCGAAAAGACCGUCCUCGAUCCGGCCGACGCCGACUACCUGUACACGGUGAAGGUGAUGCUAAUGAGCACGCCGGACAUGCUCGAGAUCUAUCGCAGCUGCUUCUACCGCAACGAGAAGGAGCGGCGGGACGACGGCCGCAGCUAUCUGCAUCCGACGCGCAUGAUCAAUUUCCUGGUCGGGACGCGCGGCAAGAACGAGCUGAUGGCGGUCGGUGGCCCCUGGUCACCGUCGCUCGACGGGGCCCACCCGGACACCGACCCGAAGGUGCUGAUGCGGACCGCCAUCCGCACGUGCAAGGCGCUCACCGGGAUCGACCUUUCCGGCUGCUCCCUCUGGUACCGUUUCGUGGAUAUCUAUUACCGUCGCACUGAAUCCUACCAUAAGGGUCGUUUGAUUCCGCCGCGCGUUGAAACGGUGGUCGUAUUUCUGCCCCGUAUGAGCGCCUGCAUACCGACGGAAGGCCAGUGGGAAAAGACACAGCAGACUUACCAGCUUCAGUUGGAGCGCAUUCUUACCAGUAGCAACUCUAGCGGCGACGACGCCAACGGGGGCGGCGCCAGUCUGCAGGAGGUUGUUCCGGCGGCGGAAGAAGCGGCACCGAAUUCUAGCGGCACGGGUGACGACACGGCUAAGCCGGCGGCAGCAGCAGCAGCAGCAGCAGCAGCAGCAGCAGCAGCAACACCAGCAGCAGCAGGUGUCAACUCAUCUGCAGCACCAUCAGAUCAGCAGCAGCAGGGCCAACAGUCGGCCGACGGUGAUUCGGCGGUCGUUUCUGCGGCGGAGUCGGCGUCGUCCGAUGGAGCCGCCGCAACAGAGGCAGCACCGGCAGCAGCAGCAGGUGGUGAAGGAGGCGACGAUUCUGCCGCGGCAGCAGCGUCGGCGAAGGAGAGCGGCGAUGGCGGCAGCACCAACAGUAGCGGCACAAUAAUGGCAGCAGCCGCCAUGACCGAACCGGACACCGAGACGCUGCUGAUGGAAUACAAAAAAAUGAAGGUGGCCGAACUGAAGACGGAACUCAUCAACCGCAACCUGCCGACCGAUGGCAUUAAGGCGGUCCUGCUUGCCCGCCUGUCCGAGGCGAUCAUCGGCGAGAAGCAAGCGCAGCUCGCGCAGCAGGCGCAGGAGGUGAAGAUGGAGGUAGCCGAAACCGAACCAGCUGUGACCACCGGUACCGAGGAGGCGGUAAAAACGGAACCAGCAGAAGCAGCAGCAGCAGAGGAUAGCAAGCCACCACCGGCAGAUGUGGAGAUGGCCGAGGUGUCCGACGCUCCCAAGGAGUCGGAUGGCAAGCCGCUGAACGAAACGCCGGACGACACGAAACCAGCCCCCGGUGAAGGUGGGAUUGAAGGUGGUGACCAGGAGCCGGCAGCGGUUAAACCGGAGCCAGCGGCGGCCGUGCCGCCGCGCAAAAAGGAACCCCAGCCGGUGAAGCUGACCGAGAAGGAGCGGCAAAACCUCGAGCGCUGGUACACGAUGCCGAAGGAGCCGCACGUGCUGGUGCACCCGUCGCGCACCGCCAAGUCGGGCAAGUUCGAGUGCAGCGUGGUGUCGCUGUCGGUGCUGCUCGACUACCGGCCGGAGGACACGAAGGAGCACUCGUUCGAGGUGGCCCUCUUCGCCGAGCUGUUCAACGACAUGUUAGCGCGCGAUUUCGGCUUCAAAAUCUACGGCGAGCUGGCCCGGCUGGCCCGAAAGGCGAACGAGACGGCGGCGGCAUCGGAGACGGCGAAAAAGGACGGUACCGCUGCUGCUGCUGCUGGUGCUGCAGACGGCAAGUCGGGCCGCUCGGAGCAGGGUGGCGAGACGAGCAACGGUGAGGACAGCAAGACGAGCACCGAGAAGGGCAAGGACGAGAAGGAGCAGAACGAUCGGAAGCGGCGCCGGCGCAGCGUGGAGGACAACCAUCGCACGAAGCCGGAGCCGGAACCGGCCCGCUUCCACACGGUGCUGCCGGAGCUGCUGCUCGCGUUCGCGUACUUCGACAUCACGCAGUGUGGGUACAUCUUCGAGAAGGAUCUGCUGGAGCUGAUCUACAGCCUCGGGCUGAACCUGUCCCGGUCGCAGAUACGCAAAACGGUCGGGGACGUGGCCGCCGCCCGCCACACGCUCUACUACCGCCAGCUGACCGACAAGGCGCUGGACGUGGCCGCCGUGGACGGUAAAGCGCCCAAGAAGGGCGACGGGGGCGACGUGCCACCGUCGGUCGAUCUGUCCGCCGAUUCGCUUACGGGCGGCGAAACGGCGGCGGCCGAGCUGACCGAGCAGCAGGCGCUGGAGCUGGCCCGCGGUAACACCGACUACAUGGGGCAGCUGCACGCGAGCGUGCUGCAGAUCGCGAACGGUGGCAGCGAGCAGCAGCAGCAGCAGGACGAGCCGGCCGCCAAGAAGGUGAAGGUGGAAACGGCGGCGAACGAGCUGCCCAUAACCGCAGACGGUUUGGUAGAGUACAAAGGCACAAUCGUGGACGUCGGCAAGUGUCUGGAGCAGGCGAAGCUUACCGAGCAGGCCCGCGAGCGGGCCGAAAAGUCGCUCGAGCUGGUGCGCAACCUGAACGACGAGCUGACGGGCACCAACGCCCGCUCCACGCAGUACAUCAGCGAGCUGGUCGCCGAUCUUAAGAGCGCCAAGAAAAAGCUGAUCGACAACGAGCAAACAAUUCGGGACAUGGCGCGCAAAAACUCGGAAUAUGUUUCCAUCAUCACGCACGUGUACGACCGCGUGCGCCCGAUAGUGAACGUGCCCGACCGCAAGCGCUCCACAUCCACCGUCUCGUCGUCGCAUCGCCGCGAAAGCUCCAAGGAAAAGUCAGCGUCCUCGCUGUCAAAGGAAAAGGAGAAGGAAAGCGCCGAUACGAAGGACGCGAAAAAGGCGGACAAACCGGUGGCCGAGGCGGCGAGCAAGGAGAAACCGGCCAGUGUCGCACCGGCGGCCACCGCCGAGAAGCCCGAGAAGGAAGCAGCCGCCGACCCGCCGUCGUCCACCGCCGCCAAGGAAGCUGGGAACGAGACGGAGCAGCAGACGGAGGGCGGCAGCAAGGCCGCGAUCGCCGCUGCCAACAGCCAGGACCAGGAAUAAUUUUUUUCCCUUCCUAUUGACUGUUUCAUUUUAUUUGUUUGUUUGCUUUAUAUUAUUUUUCACUCACACGUAACCCAUUCAACAGAAUUAAUUCUUCCCCCCACUCCACAAGCGACAGGCGUUUACCAUAAUGGGGUCAUACAGUGACGAAAGAAAAAAAAUCCCCGCGUGGAUGUGUUGGGUGGAGGGGGGAGAGCCUCCUCGUUACAGUUGAGGGAGAAUGUGUAUGUAAAAAAAGGAAACAAAAGAUUAUAAUUAGUUUAUAUAUUUUUUCCAACUCCGUUUCGCUGCAGACAUUUAUAACUAUUAACAAAAUUAUUAAAAAACUAUUAAUAGAACUGAUAGGACAGGUAGAGAGAGAUAUCGAGAGAGAGAGGGAGACACAGACAGCGGCAUACACAGACCAAUCAGGCAGAAUAUGAGAACACACUUGUGUGGAGAUCCGCACAUUGCCUGGCGUGUAGAGUAGUGAGGUCACGAUGAGAAGGAGCAGAAUGGUCGCAAGAUUUAGCGCCGAAGGUUUUUUUGUUGGCUUUUGUAACCAAUGAACAACAUAUAUAAACAUAUAUAUGAACUCUACACCCUUUUCCUCCAGACUGUACAUGACUCUUGAUGCUUUUUCUGUUGUUGUUUUGUUUCAUUUUCUACUUUUGUUUGUGUGCAUGUGUGUGUGUGUGUGGAAGGAGAUUAUUUUCAAAGGGAAAGCAAAAAACAAAGAACACAGAAGACGACAUAAGAUAAUAUAACAAAAAAAGAAGAAAAAAAACAGGACGAAAACUGUUUUUUUCAUAUAAACUCGAUUUUAACUCUAAACCGAAAAAAACAACAACAACAAUCUCAGAAGCGGAUUCGAUAAUAGAGGAGGGUCAGUGAGAGCGUUUAGAUGUACAUUUCGCGAGAUCGAUGGCGAAAAUCAUCAUGGUGGAAAAUCUCCGGCAAAUAUGGUGUGUGGUGUGUUAAGGUACUGGGAGGAGGGGGAAGCCUAAUAAGUGGCAAAAGUGGCCCGGCAUGUGUUAUGCAGCUGUUUGUAAUUACAACUAUGCGCACACACACACACACACACACACACAUACACACACACACACACAUACAAACUACAAAACAAAAAACAGUCAAGCCGGCACAUCGCCCGAAUGUUCUUUUCUAAUGUUACACAUUUAAAUAAAUGAAUAAUGGAUCCAACGAUGCGAACGAGCAGCGAGUCGUGCAAACCUA